AUGCUUGGAGCGUUAGAGCUGGCCUGCUCGUACAGGGCGUGGAGUCAUAGAAGACGGCAUCAGCAUGAAGACAAAGAGAAGAGAAUCGUCAAGAGGGACAUUAAAAAAGUUGCCGGCAAAGCUCGUCUCGGCGAGCACGAGUUCAUUUCCGAGCCAUUGGAAUUUCAGUUGGAAUCGGUUAUGGCCGAAUUCAAACUUUCGAACAACACACUUCGACGAAUGAUGUCCCAUAUGAGUGACAACAUGGACCGAGGACUUGAAGCUGGACUAGAUGCGUCAACCAUUGCUAUGCUGCCUUCGUUCGUGCCUGAGUUACCAGAUGGUACAGAACGUGGUAAAUUCGUUGCUAUGGAUUUGGGUGGAACGAAUUUACGAGUGAUGAUUAUGGAGAUUGAACCAGGUGAAAAAAUGCGAACGAAACAGUUUAACACACGUAUGCCGAACGCGGCUAUGCAUGGAACCGGAGAGCAGCUAUUCGAUUACAUAGCAAAAGCGCUAGCGGAUUUCCUAAUCGAGAAAGAUUUGGCCCUGGAUAAUCUACCAGUUGGCUUCACCUUUUCCUAUCCAUGUGACCAGACUGGUCUCCGUAGCGCUACGUUACUACGGUGGACAAAGGGUGUCACAGCAACUGGAGUAGUCGGCAAAGACGUGGUGAAACUUCUAGAAGAUGCCAUCGAAAGAGACGGGGUGAGUCGAUUCUAA